AUGGAGACUAUUGAUGUUGACAACACUUGGUCAUUAUACAAGAAACUUUAUUUAACACUAGACAGCACACAACUACUCAGUCCACUUGACUUAUCGAUAGACACUUCUAAAGAUAAUGCUAAUCUAUUCACUAUCAAUAACGAAAAACGUCCAAACUCUUCAUCAAUUGCUUGUCUUGAAGAGUUACAAACAAGAUCAAAACGAAUGAAGAGAUUUGAAGAAUCUGCUUCCGAAGAAAAGAAAGCACGACUGUUGACACGUUUAGAUGUCCCUUUGAACGAUUAUUUCAAAAGUCGACUAAAAUAUCACCAGCUUGAAGGUGUAGAGUUUAUGUGGAAACGUGUUUAUAAAAAGAAAGCAGGAUGCUUAUUAUCUCAUGCAAUGGGGCUCGGAAAGACUAUUCAAACAAUUGCCUUGUUAACUACACUUUAUGAACAUCUCCAUAAAUAUCCAGAAGUCGCCUAUCCAACAGGAAAGAGAGUACUCAUAUUAGCUCCAUUGAUAACAUUAUCAAACUGGGUAAAUGAGUUUCGAAAAUGGCAUGUGGAUGGUUUCUCUGCUAAUCUAGGACAGGUAUUUAACUUUGGAGAAAUGACACCCGAGAGUAGAAAUAAGCGAAUCAUCUACUUGAAAUACUGGUAUACAAACGGUGGUGUGAUGCUGAUGAACUAUGACCAGUUGAGAUACUUGCUUAUGCGUUCAUCAAGAGAAGAUGACGAAUAUUAUCGAUACUUGAUCAAUCCUGGUCCAGAUGUUGUCGUGUUGGAUGAGGGACAUCGUAUCAGAAAUGCAGGAUCACAGCUUUACAAGAUCGUAUCCGAAUUUCGAACACUUGCAAGAAUCUGUUUGACAGGGUAUCCUUUGCAAAAUCAUCUUUUGGAAUAUUAUCACAUGCUGGAAUUUGUUGCUCCAGGCAUUCUCGGUCCACAAGAGACAUUCAAGGCUUAUUUUACAUUUUAUAUAGAAAGAUCCUAUGCUAAUUCUCUUCCAUCGAUCAAGCAAAAGGCAGCCAUUAGACUCUAUACACUUCAACUCCUAACAGAGGAAGUGACACACAGACGUGAUGCGCUGACACUUCAAGAAGCUUUACCUUUCAAAACGGAAUUUGCAAUUACAUUUAAAAUGACUGAUAUUCAAUAUGAAGGAUAUGUCAACGCAUUAAAAUCUAUCGAACGUGAAUCGUCUGUGAUUAGCAAUCUGCUAUUGCUUCGUACGAUCUGUAAUCAUCCAAAAAUUCUUCAAAAGCUUUUGAGUAAUAGAGAAAGCAAGAGGAGAGAACAAUUUUAUAUAAAUAACAAUGAUAAUUCUGAUACGACCUAUAUGGAUGACCAGUCCGUAGAAGAAGCUGCAGAUGAAGUCGUAACCCCUGCAGUGCCAGGAGAGGUAGAAGAAGAAGAACUUAUUGGUUUGGACAUGAAUAUGUUUGACUGGGCGACUGAUUACUUUAAAAAUGAUAGUAUUGAGAACUGGAAUUGCUCCAACAAGAUGACUUUUAUUGUUGAUCUCGCUACUGAAUGUAGUGUUAUUAAAGAAAAGAUCAUUAUCGUAUCGCAUAGUUUAGCAUGCCAUGACUAUCUGCAGCAUCUAUUCUCUGUUCUGGGCAUUGGCACCCUUCGGAUUGAUGGCAACACUCCACUCAAGUUACGACAAGCGAUCCUUGACGAUUUUGAAUCUGAUGAAAACAAGCUUAUUAUGUUACUUUCAGCAAAGGCUGCUGCUAUUGGUAUUAAUGUGACAAGCGCAAAUCGCAUCGUCUUGAUUGAUCAAGACUGGAAUCCAUUGUAUGACGAGCAGAGUAUUGGCAGAAUCUACCGAUAUGGCCAGUUGAAGCCUGUGACUGUAUAUCGUCUGGUGACAGCAUCGACUAUAGAAGAACGCAUUUUUGCGCAGAGUGUACAUAAGAAGAGUAUAUCAAGACGACUGAUUGAUAAUAAGGCAUCCAUGACUAUAUCCAAAGAAGAAUUAAAGGAAUAUUACAUUCAGCCUUCUUUGGAUCUACCUGCUAUCGAUAUAAACAAGGUCCGAAAAGAGCUCAAUCCAGACUUUAUUACCUACAGUGCGCUCUUGAAGAUCAAGGAUCACAUUACGGACUUUAAGCUGCAUGAUAUGGAUAAUGUAGAAGAAUACGAUCCUUAUGUUAGACUAUCAGCACCUCAACGAAGAGAGGCUGUCUCUGAAGCAUCUCGUCUGCUUAAAGAAUGGAAACGACAACGACGUGGAUAA